AUGGCGAACUGCCUCAAUAAACAGCAGCUCCUCACAGCCAUCCGCCAGCUACAGCAGCUGCUGAAAGGCCAGGAGACUCGCUUUGCUGAGGGCAUCCGCAACAUGAAGAGCCGGCUGGCUGCGCUGCAGAACUCAGUGAACAGAGCGGCCCCAGAUGCUCCCCCAGUUUCCUGCCCUUCUCUGAGCGCCCCUCUGGAUGGCAGGAAGUUUGGCAACAAGCACUUAGUGGAUCACGAAGUUCAUUUUACCUGCAACCCUGGGUUCCGACUGGUUGGACCCAGCAGUGUCGUGUGUUUGCCCAAUGGCACCUGGACUGGGGAACAGCCCCACUGCAAAGAUAUCAGCGAAUGCUCCAGCCAGCCUUGUCAAAAUGGAGGGACAUGUGUAGAAGGAGUCAGCCAAUACAAAUGUAUCUGCCCACCAGGAAGGACUGGGAGCCGCUGUCAGCAGCAAGCCCAGACUGCCGACCCCGAGGGCCCCAUAGCCAGCGAUUCUGCCUUCAGCCGAGCACCGCGCUGUGCGCAGGUGGAGCGGGCGCAGCAUUGCAGCUGCGAAGCCGGAUUCCACCUGAGCGGCUCCGCCUCCGCCGACAGCGUCUGCCAGGAUGUGAACGAGUGUGAGCUCUACAGGCAGGAUGGACGCCCCCGGCUCUGCAUGCAUGCCUGUGUGAACACUCCGGGCUCCUACCGCUGUGCCUGCCCCAGCGGAUACCGCAUUAUGGCCGAUGGGAAGAGCUGUGAGGACAUCGAUGAGUGUGCGACUUCACAACGUAUGUGCCCAGGGGGGACUAUGUGCGUCAACACCGGUGGAGCCUUUGAGUGUGUCAACCCAGAAUGUCCCGAGGGCAGUGGCAAUGUGAGCUAUGUGAAGACAUCCCCAUUCCAGUGUGAGAGAAACCCCUGCCCCAUGGACAGCAGACCCUGCCGCCAUAUGCCCAAGACCAUCUCCUUCCAUUACCUGUCUCUGCCCUCCAAUCUCAAGACGCCCAUCACGCUCUUCCGCAUGGCCACAGCCUCUGCACCAGGCCGACCUGGGCCCAACAGCCUGCGGUUUGGGAUCGUGGGUGGAAACAGCCGCGGCCACUUUGUGAUGCAGCGCUCAGACCGACAGACAGGCGAGCUGAUCCUCAUCCAGACCCUGGGGGGGCCUCAGACGCUGGAGGUGGACGUCGACAUGUCAGAAUACCUGGACCGCUCCUUCCAGGCAAACCAUGUGUCCAAGGUCACCAUCUUUGUGUCUCCCUAUGACUUCUAAGGGGGCCAUGGAAGCACAGGGAGCUAGAGAUCCAUGUUCAUUUCUCUUCCCCAAAGACUCUGCCAUGGGCACUGACUGCAGUGGA